GCAGGAGGAAGGAAGUACUAAUUCUUUAACCUAGUAGUUAUGCAGUACGUACUGUAGAGUGUCAGUUACUCCCUGGACACACUCUCCCUUAAUUCCAAACCACACAAGAGUCAGUCAAUCUUCUUAUCAUCGUGGGUGUCCUGCUGGUGGAUGCGUAAGCAACAGGCAGGGGCGGAGUCCCGCCGGGCUCUUCCGCUGUCCAUUCGGAUGAGCCGUAACCCCGUCACUGUCACUGUCAUGACCAAUACAGUCGAAUCAAUUCGAUACCAUCGUGACAAUGGCCACCAUUGAAGAUGCUUAUCCACAAGCCCACUGCGCGAGGGUGCAUCUUUUUUGCCCCCUUGCGGACGGACCCUCAGGAACGAAAGUACCACGAUGGCUACAGGAAAAGAGUACAGAGACACGUUGCCUGGCGGUUGGAUCCUGUCUCCGGGUUUGAUGUCAUAGGGGGGAGGGGGAAACGAACAAGCGACAGUCCGCCCCCCGUCCUUCCCUCACUAAGUGACCGAUCACCACCGAAUAGCUCGACUGUCUCGUCCCAUGUGCUGCUAACUUACAGGCGCGCUCCGCCGGGCAGAAGGGGGGAUCGUCGAUUUUUCCCGUGUGCCAUACGCGGACUCCGUACCACCACUCUUCGUGCUCCCAUCUUGGUCUGGAGGUUGACGGAAAGGAGACGGGCGGGUAUUGAUGAAGCUGCAAGGUGUGCAGUAUGGUACGCCGUACUCCGUAGACAAACGCAUGAGCCUGACCUAAACUUGAUGCCUAAUGAGCCUGGAGUCGAGGUUGCCAGGCCGAUAUCCAUCCGAUUGACCGGUGUUCCAGCCACAUCGAUAUCCAAUCCCCACGCUAGACCGGGCCGGUGGUCAGCUAUGGGUCAGGUAUUGUCAGUGUCAACGGUGUGACCAAUACCGUCUUUUACUCUUCAACCAUCUGGCUACCUCUGAUGUCUCAAGUGCGUGCUGUAUCCUUGGUAGUCGUAGCACAGUAGAAGUGGGUAGAUGAGGUGCUGAGUGGUGUGCGUUGAUAGUCAGUAGCGCAUCUGUGACCUCGAGCCUAUGCCAUCAUGUUUAUUUAUAUCCGUAAGUAUACAAGUGCUGGAACUCGA